AGUCGUGUCUGCCUUCUCUACGACACUGUGCCUAUGCCAGGGUCUGCGAUCCCAUUCAAUACUGGCAGGACCAGCAGGGGCACCAGCACCCAUUAGUUUAUCAGUUUAUCUAUCAUUUUAUCUCUAAUCGCGUACGAGCCUGGCGGUGAAAUAAACACGACGAUUUCAUGUUUCAUGGCGAUUCUCGUAAUGAGUGGCCAGACCUUUUGUUUCUUUAAAGCCUACUACGCCUCCGUGCGCCAUAAACACAACGGUGAUGCUCAUUCAAUUGCAACAAUCUAACGGAUGAGCGAUCAACAGCGAGAUCAACAGUCGCAACAGAGGCAAACUGGUUUUGCCGCGCUGAAGGAGCAUGUUUUGGCAAACAAACUGGAAACGACGCAAUGGGUGUCCCGCGUGCUAACCAUCUACUUUGCGCUAGGAUACGUUUUACCGUUCCUCUACGGAAACUCCGUAAAUGCUUAUUACAAAGUGCUGAUGGCCAAUGCGGCCACCAGCGCCAUACGGUUACACCAACGUCUACCUCCUUUUAAACUGUCCCGUGACUACCUGCAGCAGACGAUGUUGGAGGACUCGUUCCACUAUCUAUUGUUUUCUUUAAUAUUCCUUUACGUGUACCCGAUGCUGGCGAUCAUUCUGCCCGUCGUGCUUUUCUCCGUGCUGCAUUCCACCAGCUAUUCCCUGACUCUGCUUGAUACUCUCGGACAAAACUCGUGGUGGGGUGCACGUUUGUUGAUUUCGGUCGUUGAAUUCCAGACGCGUAACAUACUGAGAUUUGCGGCCUUUUGUGAAAUUAUCAUUAUGCCAUUGACGGUAUUGCUCGUGUUUUUGGGCAAAGCCGGUAUCAUGACGCCGUUGGUGUACUACCAAUUCUUGGUGAUGCGCUACUCAUCGCGCCGCAAUCCGUACACGCGCAACGUGUUCUACGAGUUGCGAUUAGUGGCAGAUAACUUUGCCAACGGCUUGGGCACUCCACCGGUCGUGCGCAAAGCUCUACAUGCGUCGAUCGGUUUCAUCAGCCGGUUAGCACCACCUACACCGGUGCCGCCACAACAGCAGCAGCAGCAGCAGCAAUAGUGCGAACAAAGCAUGCUUAAUCAUUUUAUGUUGUUUUGCACAUAACACCCGCGCAUAUGCAUCAGUACGCACGCAUAUUGAACCAUCAUACCGGUAAGCUCCUGGAUAGCAUUCUCUCCGUAUCAACGGUGGACGCAGGCCUACGCUCACCCGUGGGUGUGCUUUGCUGCACUGGGAAAGAUUCUAAAGGGGUUUCACUUUCAACUUGUGGCCACGUCGGUGUCACGUUUGAUCAUGUUUCUCGACGAUGUCAGAGAAAGCGGGGGUUUAAAAACAAUCAUCUACAACACCGUACGUGUAGUUCAUUUUGAAUCGUGGUAUUGUUUUCAUUUUAUGUUCCCCAUACUUUACAACAUUUUUGUACACAAUCAAAAACCCGUUUGUUGAUUACUAUAUUUUUAGGGUGAAUGAAAGCGUAAAUAAUACGGAAAUGGAAAUAAACAUUGUCACAAAAUGCGG